UCGGUUCAAGGUACUUAGUAAACAAGUCAGUGCUUUGAGCUUAACUAGCCUCCGUGCUUCUCCAUGAGACCAACAAGUAUAGGGUCCUUCAAAUUCAGAAAUCUCUAUGUUCCGUAUCUUGGAAAUUCGUCGAUUCCUCAAAAUAUCGGAACGGCACAAACUAAUGAAAAGUUAACUAUCGUCAAUCCUGCUGACGGAGAGGAGAUCUGCUCAGUAUUAUCUGCCUCAAAGGAGCUCGUUGAUUAUGCAGUGCGUAAAGCGAAUGAGGUUUUCUCGUCCGGCGUCUGGUCACGCAAGCCAGCACAUGAACGUUCAAUCGUACUUUCGCGCCUCGCCCGUGCCCUUGAAGCGAGGAUGCCUGACUUCGUCGAGAUAGAGUCCAUGCAGACUGGCCGUGCAAUCCGAGAAAUGGCCGCACAAGUCGGUCGACUUCCUGAAUGGCUAGAUUAUUAUGCUGCACUGCUUAGGACGCGCGAGGAUUUUGUUGCACCCACUCAAGGAAAACUACUAAACUACGUCAAACGAGUGCCCUUGGGUGUCGUUGCGCAGAUAACGCCUUUCAAUCAUCCGCUUCUCAUUGCAGUGAAGAAACUCGCUCCCGCCCUUGCCGCAGGAAAUAGCGUUAUCGUCAAGCCUUCCGAAUUAGCUCCUAUAUCUGUGCUCGAGUUUGCUCAAUUGGCAAGUGAUUCUGGGUUGCCAGACGGUGUACUCACUGUGCUCCCUGGCCUUGGACAUACAACGGGCAAAGAUCUCUGUUCCAACCCUUCGAUAUCAAAAGUCGACAUUACGGGAGGCACUAAAGUAGGUCGAGAACUCGGGAGCAUAGUCUCUUCAAAUCUCGCGUAUUAUACUGCGGAACUCGGGGGAAAAGCCCCAAUAGUAAUGUUUAACGAUGCUGAUCUUGAAAUGGCCGUUAAUGGGACGGCGUUUGCUGCAUUUGUUGCGUCAGGGCAGACAUGCGUUUCAGGUGCUCGUAUAAUCGUGCACGAGAAUAUUUACGACAAGUUUAUGUCUACACUUGUGGAAAAGACUAAAUCCAUUACUCAAAGGAUAGGAAAUCCGUUAAAUCCGAAGUCGAGUAUGGGUACGAUCAUAUCGAUGCAUCAUCUACAGAGAAUUGCCGACAUGGUCAAUCGCACAUCCGGGACCGUCUUGCUCGGAGGCAACCGGUUACACGGCCUGUCUCCGUUAGACGGCUUCGACCUAUCGAAAGGAAGUUUCUUCGCUCCGACGAUAGUUACUGAUAUUGAUACAACGGACGAACUCUGGCAAGAGGAAAUAUUUGGUCCUGUUAUCGUUGUCAAGACUUUCUCAACCGAAGAGGAAGGGAUCCGGCUGGCAAACGAUUGUAAAUACGGUCUUGGAGCAGGCAUCUGGACAUCAAAUCUUUCAAGAGCACAUCGAGUCGCGGAAGAAAUUCAAGCAGGACUUGUAUGGGUAAAUACUCACCAUCGAAACGACCCCAGCUCGCCUUGGGGUGGCAUGAAACAGAGCGGUGUCGGUAGGGAGAAUGGACUUGAGGCGUAUGAAUCUUAUACUCAAAGCAAGUCCAUCAUAGUCAACAUUGCUAGUACGGAAGAAUCGAGAACAGCAGGAGACUGGUUUGCAGAGGAAGGAAACGCAAAACGAUAUGGAUGACAGCGUUGCGCGUGAAUACCGUUAAAUAACAUGGAACGCAUGGAUGGAUGGAUGUAAAUAAAUACUGAUGGAAAGCAUUGAAAUGAAACUUGCGUCGUGUCUAAAGCCGAUCAUUUCAAGGGUAUACAGUGAGCAUGUAGAAAUGUCCUGGUAUUGAUCUUUAACAGAUACGCUGCGACUUCUAUGUCCAGGGGAGGACACAGUUUGACUUCGACUACAGGCUCCCACAACACGCCAGAAGUUGCUCUGAAGGUCGUCUGUAACCAUUAUCCAAUAUGCUCUGUGCUACUUUCUCAUACAUUUCCUUGGCGUUCUGUUCCGCAUCGAAGUUAAGCAGCCACUCUGGGAAUGGGAUGGAAACCUCUUCGUCCUCGGCUCGUGAAUCAGGACUCUUGUGAAAGUUGUCCCGAGUUGAGACGCCUUGUAGUUGAGCACGAAGGACGCGGUCGUACCUGAUGUGCUCAAAUACUCUCAAUGCCAAUGGAAUAUCCUUCUUCCCCGCACGCUCCAGAACUGUAGCGAGCGCCACACCAUCCUCCACACCCUGGGAUGCACCCUGAACACUCGUUGGAAGGAAAGUGUGCGCAGCAUCGCCGAUAAUGACAGUUCUUCCGCCCGAACUGACCCACGUUGGUAAGGGGUCACGAUACACGAGCUUCCAAUCGAUACAGGAAGGUGCCUUCUCUAUUAUUGCACGGCAGCGAGGGUCCCAGCCCUCGACGUAGGAAAGAACCUCGGAAAUCUUUCCGGGGAACGACCAUGAUUCGUCGACGUCGUAAUCAUCUCUAUGUGUCAAGACCCAGCACAUCUCUUCGCCAUUCUUAAAUGACAUGGCCAGCAUGUGCACAUCCUUUCCGACCCAACCGUGGAACGCACCACCUUCCUCGCAAAAGAAGCUCGUUAAAGGAUCUUUGUCGAUGCCUCGUUCUCUUGAGUUAAACCAUGCCCUAUAAACCGCAUAGUCAGAGGGCUUGGCUUUGUCCUGAUGGCCCUGAACAAGCUCUCGCGCACGACUUCUGGCGCCAUCAGCGCCGACCACGAUGUCUACUUCUAAUCUUUCACUAUUCACAAUUACACCAGCUUUACCACUCUCUGGAUCUUCCCAAUAAUCCGUGACGUCCUGACCAAAUCGGACGUCAACCCCCAUUUUCUUGGCGUAUUUGAGAAGAAUCUCAUGGAUCUCCCCGCGACGACCAUUGUACGAGUUUGAUCCGUAUAACCGUUGCGGAAGCACCUGUUUAUUGAUCACUCUCCCGCAAAAGUUAUGCAUAUACAUGUGGGGGUGUUGCGUGCAAAUGUCCAUUAACUGUUCUCCUAGUCCCCAUUUCUCAAACAAGCGUCCAGUAUUCGUAGCAAAUGAAAUUACAUCUCCUAAAUUCUCUAGAGAGUGACGCUUCUCCAAUAGAAUGACUUUGUGGCCUUUGCGCCUUGACUCUAUUGCACAUGCGAGGCCCGCAAAACCACAUCCGACAAUGAUUACUUCAAUCACCGAAGACUCGGAGUUAGAAGAGGCGGAUUUCGAAGGCAUGACCGAAAAGUGUGCCUUGAACAAAAACCAAGACUAGUUGACGAUCACGGAUGUAGAUUUGGUUGAGAAAAAGGGCUAAUCACGAAGAGACCUAGUAAAGGCUUUUUGAAAUUGCUGCACAGAAUGGGCAGCAACACCACAUCCAGUCAGGAAGGGUCGACCUUUUAUACUGCUUCCAGUGUAAACCCAAUCGGCCACAUUGUAUAUGAGAAGCAA